UUGCGAGACCCGGGGCCGCCCAACUGGCCGAUCCGGCAGAAGGACGCGGCCCUUUCACGCCGGACGAGCGCGCUAUAUAAACGUGACGCGCGCUGAAGAAGCCACAGUUCAGCAGCUGCAGACGCCACACGCUCUCCUCAGCAUGAAGGUCCUGGUCGUACUCUGCGCCGUGGUGGCCGCGGCGGUGGCGAAGCCCGGAUACCUGGGACUGGGCGCCGCCCACAACUAUGCCGCCGCCCCCGCCAUCGCUGCCGCGGCCCACACCUACGCCGCCGCCCCCGCCAUCGCAGCCGCCGCCCCCGCAGUGGCCUACUCUGCUGCCCCUGCAGUCGUGGCUGCUGGCCCCAACUACGCCGGCUACGCCGCCUACGGCCCCGCCAACAUCGUCAUCGGCCCUGACGGCACUCCUCUCGACACCCCUGAGGUCGCUGCCUCCAAGGCCGCCCACCUGAACGCCGUCGCCGAGACCAGGGCUCGCGACGCUAUCGUCAACAGCGCCGCUGUGGUUGCUGCCGCCCCUGUGGUCGCUGCCGCCCCCGCCAUCGCCGCCGCCCCCGCCGUGAUCGCUGCUAGGACCUACGCCGCGCCUGCCAUCGCCGCCGCUCCCGCCGUGAUCGCUGCUAGGACAUACGCCGCGCCUGCCAUCGCCGCCGCCCCCGCCGUGUUCGCUGCUAGGACCUACGCUGCCCCCGCCAUUGCCGCUGCACCUGCAGCUGUCGCUUACUCCGCCGUCCAUCCCGGUUACGCCGCCUAUGGCCCGGCCAACAUCGUCAUCGGACCCAAUGGCGUGCCCCUGGACACCCCUGAGGUAGCUGCCGGUAAGGUGGCCAACGCCGUCGCUCACGUAGAAGCCAAGGUCCGCAACGGUGACCUGCUGGGCUGAACUGUCUGCCUACACGAACGUGCUCCUUAGAUAAUGACCCUGGAACAGUCAUCUCACGCUCGCGCCAUCAUGUUUCUGUACAUAUGUAAAUCAUAAGUUAUAAAUACAUUUUCAAUUACUUGAGAAAGAA